AUGCCCACAGAAGGCCUCAAGAAGCCCCGCGCAAAGCACGCGUGCAAAGAGUGCAACUCACGACGAAUCCGCUGCAACGUCACAGAGCGUCUUCCCUGUUCAAACUGUGAGAGCUCGAACGCGACAUGCGAAGUUCUUCCCUCGAGAAGAGGCAGGCGAGUCAACUGCGCAAUCACUGUUCCUCUCGAUCAGAAUGAUAACAAGGCAGCAGAUACCCACGGAACGUCUUUCACCCCGGAACCUGUCGUGCCGGCUCCGCCCUCCGCGCUCACGUCUGCUGUGGCGGCAACCCUUGCCUCUAUGAGCACUGCUUCACCGUCUCGCGGUCUUUCUAACUCGGGCGCAUCACAAACACCAUUUCAUGCUGAGACGCCCGCGUCGUCACAUUCUGCAACUGGCACGGGAAGUAGCCGCUUCUUCGGAGAGUCUAACUUCCUCACCCUUGUGCCGGGUGCCUCUGAGCCGGGGUCCGACGCGACUGCUGGAGACGCUGUAUUAAAGGGUCGUUUGGCCUUUCCAGUUCCCCAGACACCUCAGUCGCAAGAUUUGGGGACUUCGCCUGCUAGUAUUAACAACAUCAGCUCGGCUACGGAGCGAUACCUGAGGGAUGAAGGGGCCUUGACCUUUCCCGACAUGCAGAGCUGUCUGCCUGCCCUUCGCGCAUACUUCAAAUGGUUUCACCCAUGCUUCCCAAUACUAGAUCGCGCAGACGUGGCGCGAAGGCUUGCGACGAUGGAUAUCUCGCCUCUGUUGUUGCAGGCGAUGCUCUUCAUCGGGUCGACAUACUGCGAUGAGGCUACCAUUACAGCUAUGGGCUUCAAAGACCGCUCAGAAGCGAAGAGUGUGACAUAUUCACGCGCAAGAAUUCUUUUCCACUCCAAUUGGGAAAAGGACGAGUUCACACUCAUUCAAUCUCUGUUCCUGUGCAGCUUUUGGAGGGGCGGCCCUACCGACUGGAGGGAUGUCAGAUACUGGCUGGGAUGUGUCUUGACUCUUGCGCAGACGCAUGGCCUCCAUAGAUCAACACGCUUCAUUACGAGAGAACCCCAGUUUGCCCGAAUGAGAAGAAGAGUCUGGUGGUCCAUUUACGUAAGAGAAAGGCAAGCGGCGAUAUCUCUGGGACUUCCAUGUAGAAUACGAGACGAAGACUGCGACAUCGAGCCCCUGACCGCCUCUGAUUUGGAGGGCGACACGGAUGAGCAACCAGCUACAGCGUUUGGCACAUCCGAGUCUGAGCAUGUGCAUUACGCUAUCAAUAUGGUAGACAUAGCAAGGCUACAUACCCACUUUGCGCCGGGCCGUGGUCCUCCUGCACCAAGUGAAGUGCGCGACCUGAAGCAACAGCUCGAGCAGUGGAAGCAGAAUUUGCCAGAAGAAUUGAGGAGAGAACCCGAGGAGGGGCAAUCGUCAGUCCUGACAUGCCUCAUUCAUCUUGCCUACAAUCACUUGCGCAUCCUCGUCCAUCGCAAUGGAUGGCUUCGAAACCGAGACGAAGAGGACAAAAAGGCCGCCCUCGCAGCUGCCUGUCGAAUUAGCAGGAUAGCGGAAGACAUGCUCGCACAGAAAACCUUACAGUACGGCCAAAUGCAUCUCCUAUUCGCGGCUCUCUGCAUUCACGCUAUCGACAUCAAGUCGGCCGAUGGGAUCGGUCGCCAGCUCGCAGUUCACAGAGCCCAGAUGUGCCAUUUAGGGCUGAAAGAGAUCCAAAACUACUGGCGAAUCAACAACAAUGUCUUGGAUCUCUUUCUGCAGUAUCUCGACAAGCCAAUUGCCAAGAGAAUCUACAACGAAGACGCCGACGCUGCGACAGCUGAUGGAUCCACGGCAGGCCUGAGCCCGUUCAACACAGCCAGCACACCCCGGAAUCUUUCCACAGACACCGUGGAGCAGAGCAGAUCCGACGCCAUAGAGGACCAAUACUUUAACCUGAUGCAGACCAAUUGGGAAGGCGAGCAUGCUCUUGGUGAUCUCGGCCUCUUCCUGGACCCGCAACUCUAUGCCAAUGGUCCAAUGCAAGUCGAGGGCCUCAACUUCUUGCAGCGUCAAAAGAACGAAAGAAACUCCCCUCUAAGCAUUCAUUUUCCCCCCUGUGGCUGCCCUGGUCAGAAGCGCGUAAACCCUGAUUGCAUCAUAGCAACAUUCGGCUUCUUGAGCCGAGGGUCGCGACUCGGCUACUUCAGCCACCUGCAGGAAGAAGAAGCCGAGAGUAUAUAA